UUUGCUCAUUUACUUAACAUCACUUCCCUACCGCCAGGAAAGCAAACACGCUCCUGAAGCUGCAGAGGAAGAGAUCGAUGAGUGUCCGCAGAAGAAAGCUCUCACCUGGAGCUCCUCAGCUUUUUUUUUUUUUUGCCCCUGCUCUUCUUCUCGGGACCUCCAAGUCCGCAGGAGCGACCGCUUUGUCACUGAUUCACCGGGACACUUGGCGAAAAGUCUGCGGGGUCUCUCUGGGCAUGGAGAGCCUCUGACUGACAAUCGGAUCUUUUUUCUUUUUCCUCCUGCGUUCGCUUCACUUUGAAUAAUGGAGAGUUGACGUCUAAAGAGGAACCAGACUGACGGCAGUGUGACAGGAUAAAGAGGAUAAAGCUUUCUCCACAGGGGCAGGUGAGAGGGGAGAAAAACUACAAAGAAAAGAGUAAAGUGCAGCAGCGCCCGUACCCGGCUUAUUCUUUCACCUAUUUAGAACUCAUCGCACACCUUUGCAGAUCAGUGUCAUGGCUGCGUAUGGACAGACUCAGUACAGCCCCGCCCUCCCGCCUGCAGGACCAUACGCGCCGUACACUCACCACACACAGGGCUACAGCAUGCCAUCUUACAAUAUUAAAACUGAGGACGGUCUGAGUCACUCCCCAGGACAGACAGGACUAGUGGGCUACUCGAACUUCAGCAGCACUCCUCCCAGUCAAAGCCUCUACAGCUACUCUCACUCACAUGGUGGUGGUAUAUCAUCUGGAAUCUUCCAAGGCACCCAUGCUAUCUCAAGUUCCACCCCAUUCAACCCUACCCAACAAGAGUUUUCAGCGUAUUCAAGCUACAGUCAGAGUCAGUACUCUCCAUAUUAUAACUCCCACCACUACAACAGCCCUUACAUAACGAGCAGCAACAUCAGCCCUGCUGCCCUCACAGCUCCAUUAGCCUAUCAGCACCCGGAACACCCGGUUAUGAUGCCCAGUCACAGCCCAGAGUCACAUACAGGCGAGUACCACCCGCCGCCCAGCCCCCCCACUCCAGGUAAAGACGAGGGCGUCCCGGCGCGGCGGGGGUCAGACGGCAAGCUGAGAGGAAGAAAACGAGUCAGUGACCCCGCUCCACCUCUGGACUCCGAUAUAGAGCGCGUGUUUAUCUGGGAUCUGGAUGAAACCAUCAUCAUUUUCCAUUCGCUCCUCACGGGAACUUUCUCCUCGCGAUUUGGCAAGGACUCCUCGAAGGCAGUGUCUUUGGGUUUGUGGAUGGAGGAAAUGAUCUUCAAUCUGGCCGACUCGAGGCUCUUCUUCAAUGACCUGGAGGAAUGCGACCAGGUCCAUAUUGAUGACGUGGCAUCAGACGACAAUGGACAGGAUCUAAGCACUUACAACUUUGGGUCCGAUGGCUUCCAGAGCCCAGCGGGGGCCGGCUCUCUGUGCCUGGGCUCAGGCGUCCACGGAGGGGUGGACUGGAUGAGGAAACUGGCUUUCCGAUACCGCAGAGUCAAGGAGAUCUACAACACAUACAAGAAUAAUGUUGGGGGUUUGCUGGGCAGCCCCAAGCGAGAGGAGUGGUUACAGCUGAGGAGAGAGAUGGAAGUCCUCACCGACCUGUGGCUGACUCAAGCACUCAAAGCCCUGGCUCUCAUCAACUCGAGGCCUAACUGCGUGAAUGUGCUGGUGACCACCACUCAACUUAUCCCAGCCCUCUCUAAGGUUUUACUGUAUGGUCUGGGCUCUGCCUUUCCCAUAGAGAACAUAUACAGUGCCACCAAAACAGGCAAAGAGAGCUGUUUCGAGCGUGUCUCUCAGAGGUUCGGUCGGAGAGCGGUGUAUGUGGUGAUAGGAGAUGGAGUCGAAGAGGAAACCGUAGCCAAGAAGAAGAACAUGCCAUUCUGGAGGGUGUCCUGUCGGGCCGAUCUGGAGGCUCUGAGCCAUGCACUGGAGCUCGACUACCUCUAGAGGGCGCCAUCGGUCAUGUUAAUCCACUCAUCGCCUGAAAGGCUCCUGAACUUCUGAGUACACCAAGAGGGUGAAACUGCCCCUAGAGACUGAUUCAGAGUCAGUUCAGCUAUUUCGAGGGAGCAACUGGACAGUUUUUACACCAAAGUGUGUGAAAGGAACUGUGAGAAUCUUGAAGCAAGGCUACAAGUGUAUCAAAGACACAUAAACAUGGACCAAAAACAAAAGACCAAAGUAAAAUAAGGGACCAAAGCUUCGUUACUAACCCCAGGGAACCAUGGUUAUUUCUUCAAAUAUUAAACAUAUUUCCUUUUUUUAAAUUUUUUUUUAAAGAAAAUUUGUUCAUCUCAAGUUUAUGAGUUGUGUCCCACUUUUGUACACAAGCGCUGCACUGAUUGCAAUUUCUACAUAGGUUAAAAGUUCAGAUUCUUUUUUUUUUUUUUUUCCUGCUGUGUCAUGUUUUGUUCGAGACAUUUUUCUCCGGCCACUACUAUUUUAAAUACAAAACUAAAUGCAAGAUAUUAUGUUUGAUAGAUGUUGCCUCCAUUAUUAUGUUAGACUUAUUAAAAUUCAUGUGUCAGCUAAAGUAAAUGGCAAAUAACAUUCUUCAUAGUUAGAAGCUAUCGAUAUAGUGUUGCCAUUUUAAUUAGAGCUAUUUAUUAUUGGUUCAACUCUACAAUAUAAUGAGGUAUAGAAUUUGGGACAAAAAUCGUUUUUUAAAGACCAAAAAUAUUCUCUUUUUUUAACAAGAAGUUGCCUUGAGGAUGCUGUACAUUAGGCUGGUGCUGAAAUCCCUACUUUUGAUUCUGGGUUGUAUAUUGUUCACUUUUCUGUCAUUGUUAAAUUUCCUAAUAACCUGUUUGUAAUAUAGAUGGACUGGUAUGGUUGUGCAUGUGCCGAUUUCACUGCCUGUCAGCUUAGCCAUGAUUUGUAUAUAAUGCUUUAUUUGUUUUGACGGACAGUUCAAGUAGAUUAAUAAAGAUAAAUUAAUUGCA